GCUUUAUGAUAUUAUAUUUAAAGUAGAGAUCACCAGAAGCUUUAAAAAAUGCAAAGAUUCCUAAGAUAGUGCAGUACACUGUUUGUUCAGGGCGUUGAAAAGCUACAUCUGUAUGGUAAAAAAAUAACCUAACUAUUACAUCUACGGACUGUACCUGUAGACCGAGCCCGGGAAGUAACACUGCAUCUGGAUUUAAGGAUUAUAAUGCUCCUCUUAAUGGAAUACCAAGAAGUAACAUACAGAUACAGGAAAUAAGCAGUUACAAGUUCAUUUAAUGUUACUGGCUGUCGGACAACUGACAGUGCAUGUGUGCCACGCAGAUAAGAAACAUCACUUGGUUGCACAAUCCAAGAUUAUUAUAACACUGCUGAUUAAAAGAAGCAAGCAUAUUUGGAAUUAGGAAAAAAAAAAUAUACAGAAAUAGGGAACACAUCUAUUUAGUCUUUUUUCUACCAGUUAACAGAAUAAAACAGGUUCUGUUAUGCUGAUUUGUCAUACGAAAAUACUUUUUGACUUUGUAGUGUUCCAGGCCUACCUACAGUGCAUACCUAAAAGUAUAGCUCAAACUAGGGACAAAAUAACUGCAUUUAAUUGAGUUUUCUUGACAAGUUUUGAUAAGAAAUUAAUUUUUAAAUUUCAGGCAUACCAAAUCCUGCACUUAGUUUUGCUUAUUGAAAACGUUUAUUUAUCUAAGGAUGAUCAGGAUUUGAUACUGGUAUACUCCAGUAUACUGAUACUGGAUACUGAUACUCCAUGCUACAAGCCACAAAUGGAGCUCAGAUGGUUGUGUAGGAGCCGCCCAGUAACAGUCUGGAGGAUAAUCAGCAAAGGAAGGUUUCCUACUUUAAGCAAGGACUGUCGAGAAUGAGUGCUGGGGUAUAACUAAGUUGAGAUAAGCUAUUUUUAUCAGUGUGCAAAGAAAUACAGUAACUUCUGCAUAUAAACAACAGAUCUGAAAAAUACCAUUUUUCAGAAUACAGAUCACUCCAGAGAAUAUGUUUGUACAGAGUACAAGCCACAGAAGUAUAUUUUGUUUGCUGUAGGCAGUAGCAAACUUCCAUAGCUGCUUGAAAUGUAUUAUAAAACUCUUAAAACUGUUCUGCAAGCACGUGGGUAUUUUCCUCAUAGAAUAUUACAGAACACUGAAAAGAUUUAUGGGAUUAUACUGUUUUUGGAGCCUCAGACAACUUCACAGUUUGAGUGAAAUUACACAGAUUCUGGUGCUUGGAACUAGAGGAUAAAUACUAAAAACAUCUUUCCGUUACAAGUCCUACUGAUUUCCAGUCUGGCCUCACAGUGACCAUCAGCUGUGCACGCACAGGAGGAUGUUCAAAGAGGGAUAAGUUUGUGACUCUGGAGGAGGCUUAAUGGGGUGGAAACAUGAAUUCUACAUUUUCACACUUCUCCAGGGGAGCACAGACACUAUGAUCUGUUUUGUCUGAUGUGGUUUAUUUGUUAGAUCUUCUAGCUAUAUGUUAUUCGCUUUUCUUCGAGUCCUGUCUAUAUAACAUCCUUGGCAGAACUACUGCAGGCCCAGUUUAUGAAUGCCAAUGACUCAUGUUGUAUUACUUGCUGCUGUCUUUGUUAAGUACAGUUGCAAUUUAUCUGCACUGAGCAGAUAAAUCCUGCAUGCUAUUAUACAUUUUGCAGCAAAUAUUAGACUUUAUUUCUAUACAAUACCUGGUAUUUCAUGGGUUCUGCCAUCACAGCUCCUAGCAAUCAGUCAAAUUUACACUAUGUAAGUGCCUACAUAUCAAAGCAGCUUAGGAACCUAGAAGGGAUGUGAAAUGUCUACCACCUCAUUUUGCAAAUUAGAGCAACCUAUUGUGUAGGGUUAACCGCAGUGCAGAAUAUGGAUAAUAAAUUAAUUCCACUAAUCAGCCAUAAUCUUGUAACAUCCUUACGAAUACAGUCAACAACUUUAUUAUAAAGCAGCUAUGUGGACAAGAGUAUUAUUUAUUAUGCUUUAUUAUAAAGCAGCAGGGAGUGAACAAGAAAACUCCAGACUUGAUAUGUUGAAUUUGAUUCACAAAAUUCAUGAGAAAGAAGAAAAGAUUGUUUCCAGAAGGAAAGUCAGAAAACACAUCCCAGGGACUGCAUUGCUGUCUUUUCCUUCACUUUUCCAAUUCUUGCAGUAAGCAAAGCAUAUUGAAAAGAGAUAGGAAGAAGCUUUGACAGUGAAGCAGGGGUUGCCAGUCAGCAAGGACUCUCCAGAUGCGGCGUAGAAUUAGAAGAGUGCAGUAUUAGGCACCAGGUAUAUUGGAUUUUCAAGACAAGUACUUACAAUUGCAUUGUGAGCUACACAUAGGGAUGACAUAAUCAAAGGGAUGAAAGGUAAUUUCCUACAACACAAAACUUUUACAUUUGCAAAGGAUUGCUGAGAGCGUUGCUUUAUCGUCCUGUUUCAAUGCUGCAUAUAUUUCAUAUGCAAAGUACCUGAAUUCCUAGUCUAUUUAUUAAGAUGCUAAACAGAUUUAUCACUGAGCAUAUAGCCCAUUGACCUUUACCUAUUCCACUUGAUAACUAAUAGAAAAUUAUUUUCCCAUUAUUUCAUGUGGUGUGAGGUGCUACCAUUUUCAGCUAUGAAGUAGCAGGACUUGGAUUUUCAUCCAGCCAUCAAUUUACCAUCUCUAUCAAGAGAUCGAGCAGUAAAUGAGGAAUACUUGAAAACAAUUGCACCGAGUUUUCCAUUUCUACUUUAUACGAAUCAUUUGGAAAGUUCCCAGUAACUGCAUGCAACGGAGAUUUUAUUUUGAACAAUGCUAACACGCUGUGCACCGUAUGGCACUAAUCAAAGAACAUUUGGGGGCUUUCUGAAGACUCCUACUGGUUUUGUUUCCCCUUCCCUACAGCUACAUGAGUACCUGACAGAUAACCUUUGAAAUGGAGGCACAGAAGCAUCCUGGUCUGACAGCUGCACUAGCAGACCAGCCACUUCCAACGUCUUCUCUUCAGCCUGCACAGGGUCCUUCAGCUCUCAGCCAAAGCAGUGCGGUUCCUCCACAGGAACAAGCACUGCCUCAACCCGUGUACCUAAAAGCCCUCACCAUUCCCCUGUACCAGCCUGUCCAGGCAGGGUGCUUUCAGCCAAGCAGUCAGCUAGUGGCUGGCAGGAGCUGUGGAAACCUGGAUAGCGGUAACAUUCCUCUGAUCCUGAACCCGCUUGUUCCUUCCGAAGGCACAGAUCAGCCCCAGUCAGUGUUUCAGAAACAACUUGGGCAAACUCUAACAUUGAACAUAGUGAGCACUUUACCCGUUUUAUCAUCACCAAAUUCUUCUGUCAACGCACCUAUCGGAAGCCCAGGAAAAUCAAAAAAUGCUGGGAAAUAUAUCUGUAAACACUGUGGUCGAGACUGUUUGAAGCCAAGUGUCCUUGAGAAACAUAUUCGCUCUCACACAGGAGAGAGACCCUUCCCAUGCACCACUUGUGGUAUUGCAUUUAAAACUCAAAGUAAUUUGUACAAACACAGAAGAACUCAAACACACGUCAACAACACCAAACUACCCUCAGACUCUGACAACACCGGUACAUUGGAGCAAAAUGAGAAAGCAACAGAGAGCAUCACGUCACAGCAAGGCACCAAAGGACACGGUAGCAGCUAUGAAGACCAGGGGAUGCAGAUGAAACAGGUGACUUUGGAGACCAGUGCUGUAACAGACAGUAAGAAACUUAAUGACCUUUCAGUGCCAGCAACAAGCAAUUCGACAGUAGUUUCAGAAAAUCAAGAAAGACCUCAUCUGUCUUUUAGUUCAAAGACUGAUCAGGAAGUUUCUGAAAAAGAACCUGCAAGUUUAUCACUUCCAGUUGCCUUGCCAAAUGGUCAGUGCCAGAUAAAGAAGAUGCAGGAGCAAAGAACUUCAGCUGCCAACAAGCACAUUCAGUUGCAAAGGCAGCAAGCAACCUCUUCAGAAAAACAGUGGGAUUACAAGCCAUUUGACUGCAAGCUAAAGAAGUGUGAGAGCACCGACUCAGGGUAUCUGUCACGCUCUGAUAGCACAGAACAACAGUUGGCAUCCUCCAGCCCGCUGCACAGCCUCUGUGAGCACAGCACUGAACUGGAAAAUGAAACUGCCUUCAGCAGCUCAAGGUGCACGGCCGGAAGCAGUGCAAAGUCAGAGCCAGCUGAGAAAGCUACAGCCUUGAUGCUAGAGAAAAAGAGGCUGGAGGAACACAUUUCAAAACUUAUUUCUCAUAACAAAAUUGUGGUGGAUGACACUCAGUUAGACAAUGUCAGGCCCAGAAAAACUGUCCUUUCUAAACAGGGAAGCAUAGAUCUGCCAAUGCCUUAUACAUACAAAGACUCUUUCCAUUUUGACAUCAGGACUUCUGACACCAACAGGAAAAAGAACUUCUCUCUUUGUUCAGCAAAAUCUACCUUAGCACCCCUAGAGAAAUGCAAGCCCAUGUUUUUUCAUUCAGUCCCCACACAGUUCUCCACAACGAUAGAUGCUGUGCCUGUCACACGAAGCAACUCUCUGCCAUUUGUGGAAGGCACAAGAGCGGUGCAUGACAUCGCAGGCUGCUCAAAACCGCUGUCUCUUACUAAGCAGUCUGUAAAUACAGGCGCUGCUGCUUUGCUGCCUAGCAACAAUCUCGUUGCAAAUUCGGUGGAUUUUCCCAGCAGCCAUCCUCGAGCUCUAGUCAGACAGACAGCAGUGGAUGAUGUGCCACUAAGUAACGUGGCUGAUCAUCCUCCCUCGGAGGAGCUGCAGAUGAGUACGAGGCUUGGGACUGGAGAAACAGUCGGCACUAAAAACAAGAAACACAAUCAAAGGAAGCUAAAGAUGUUCUCGGAAGAAAAAUGGCAAAUGUAUGGAGAUGAAACCUUUAAGAAAAUCUACCAAAAAAUGAAAAGCAGUCAACAUGCCAGGAAAAUCAAAGAAAGGGGGAAUAAGAUUACAGAUGUUACAGGCUCCACUCCUGAUUCAAAGGAAUCAGUCAGCAGUACUGACACCGCUGAAGAAAAAGAUGUCAGGAGCUCUGCAAGUGACAGCCUUUCCUCCCUUGUGACAACAGAAUUAAACACUGUUAAAUCAGAAACUGGUGCUAAUGGUAACCGUAUUCCACACAACGCGUCCUUAGAGGAAACCACAGACAGUUUAACCUAUGUAAUGAAGACAUCACAUUCAGUAAAUGUGAGUGCACAUACUGCAGUGAGCAAAGCUUCCCAAGAUCCCCAUGGCAGCGACACAGACAAACACACGGGUGGCAACAACACGUUACCAGCUCCAAGCAGUCAAGAGUGCAGGCUGCAAAAUACUCAGUGUCAACCCAACACUAACAGAAUGAAGGAUGACUGCUUGCCAGUACUGAGUAGCAAAUGGGAAGAAUCAAGUCCUGGGAAAGAAUCCAGUACCUUUGAAUCAGAUUAUAAAAGCACUUCAAACAAUUAUGGAAACCAUAACAGGAAUCAGGAAACUGUCCGGCAUGCCUUGAUGCCCCUGUGGGUCCACUGCAGCAACAGAGAAUCCUUAGGGAAAUCCCAGAAUUUACCAUCAGAAAGAAAAAAGCUGAAAGUUGAAGUGGAGAAGAAAGAAAACAUUAUUUCAAAGUGCUACCCUAGUCCCUGUAGUGAAAGCAGUGCAGCAAAUGAAGCAGAGACUGCCUGUUGCACUAUCACUCCUUGUCUUUCCACAGCACCAGUGAAACUCUCCUGUGAAACAGAGGAGCAAAAAUUAAGCACAAGAAUUAACGAAUCAGCUGGAGGUGCUGAGAACGUGGAUUGUAUAAAAACAACCCGACUCCCCACUAAAGUUGUUCCUUAUGGUGACAUUAACCCUCUUUCACAUCCAGCAGGGAUCUCAAAAGCUUCGUCUGUGGGAUUUUUGAGGACUGACUUCAGGGGAAGUGAUUGCGAUACUUUUGCUUUGCACAACACAACAGAUAAAGAUGUCAAAACAUGUCUUGUGAAAACAGGAGUACCACUUUUCAGUGACAACACUGCUAAUGCAUCUUCCAAAAUCCAUCAUCUGCAAUCUGGUCAGUUAACUCCAGACCCAUCGAAAAAUGCCUUUUCUCCAAAAUAUAUCCUUAAAUUGCCACAAGAUCAGAGAAACUCUGAAGUGUCGAUUCUGCUUCAAUCCGAACAGAUUACACCUCGUACUUCUGUGACAGAUUCCUUAAUCAACCCACCCUGCUCUUCCAACAGCAGAUCACCCUGUUCUCAUUCCAGUGAUGUGCUUUGGUCCCCUUUAAAAUUUGAAGUGAGACAAAAAGGCAGCAAAGGAGAGCUACGAUGGAACUUACAUGCAAACUGGAAAACUCCAGUAUUGUGCUCACCAGUCAGUUCAGAAACAACAAAUAUCUUAACAACAGUAGAUGGCACCUUUUAUAAGGAGGAAAUUAUGAGAGGGGCUUGGAAAAACAAACAGAAUAAAAAUAAUCUCAAUUAUCAAAAACAAACAGAAGGGAAGUGGAUGAGCAUAACAACUUCAUCAGCACAAACCCCAAAGAAGAAGAUAUGCUUUACUUCUAUGUAUUCGAGUGGUUUUGUCAUAUCAGCCGACAUCAAAGAAGAAAAAGUUUUACAUCAGCUUUGCUCAGGAGGUGACUCUUCGAUGACAGCAUCAGGCCAAAAGGAAGCUUCUAGCAAGGAUGCAGAGUCAACAGUCAUGGGGUGGGACACAGGGGGAAGCCCAGGCAUUCUUAAGGACACGUCACCAACAUCAGAGGAUAGGGAGCAGACUCAGAGAUCAAAAGAUAGCUCCACUUCUUUGUGCCAUUCCUUUGGCACGUUUGAUUGCCACGCUCUCACCACUCACCGCGAAGAAUUCCCAGCACUACGCAGCAAUAGCCUGACUUCCUACUCUGAAAGUUUUACAGUACUGAGCACCAAGAGCACCUUCCCAUCACUAAAUGCUGAAACUCGAUUAACCUGGUGCUGUUUAACAAAAAGCCUUCCUCUGCCUGCUGAGCAGAAAGGGAAUGCAGACUCUGCUUAUUCCUCCAUGCACAUCCACAAGGAAUCCAGCAAUGAGUGCACACUGUCAAAAUGUGAUAUUUCUAUUUUCAAAAUGAAAAACAUUAGCAAGACUGUGGCCUAUAGCUUAACAAACAAGAGCUUAAACACACUGCCUUCAUCCUUUUCUCAAGGACAACAGAUGCAGGAGUUAUGCUCAGCAGCUCCUGGUGGUGCUUUUAAAAACAUAUCAGAGAAAAAGAAGAAACUAUCAGUUUGCAAAAAGGAAAAACCAGCAACAAAUAAACUCAAGAGGAGCCACAAACAGAAAAAAAUUAAAAUCCUCCCCAAAUGGUACGGAGGAAGGCACAUACAUGGAUAUACUCAGCUGAAAAUGAACCGACUGAACAAGAGACGCUGUUUUCCAAAUAGAACAUUGGAUGUUUUGAAAAAGGGCUGUUCAUCACAAGCCUGUAAAUUUAACCACUGUAAGAAGUGCCAUUCUCCUCAGUCAAAAGUACAAGAAAAUUAUUUACACCAGCAAAAGGACUCAUCUUGCUCUGCCUCAGACAAGCUGCUUUGCAUAAGGAAGAAAGAAGGAAAAAAUAACUCAGGAAUAUUUUCCCACAUUGAAAACCUUACUCACGUUAAGCAAAAUGACAAAGAGGAUAAACAAGACAUUUCUGGGAAAAUCAGGGAACACACAAGAACAAAUUUCUCUUUUCAGAACACUGCACCUCUGGAAAUCCCAAUGACAGCUCAUUCCUUUCCGUCCUCAGUCAAUACAGCCAUGCAGGAAGUCAGCAGUGAUGUGGAACUUUGCUGUUUAGUGACACAACCACUUGUGCUUCAACAAUCAGUUCCAGAGGAGUCACAGACAAAUGUUCAGACAGACUCAAUGGCAUCUUCUUUUUGGUCUUGUCCUUUUGGUCUUACAAAUACAAUCAAAGGUGACCAAUCUAUCAGCACAAACUCAGAGACUACUUGUCCUCUUUCCUUAAGUCUAGAGGCAAGACAGGAAAAUGUACCAAAUGUAGACUUAGAGAUUCAAAGCUUUGGUACAUUAGAUUCAAUGAUUCGGGCCUCAGGAAUAACAGAAGAUCAAACUGAAGAAAAUACACGCUCAUCUUCCAAGGAAAACUCAACUCACAAUUCCCAAGCUAGAUGUUUGCAUUCGCUGGGAUCAAAAGCAGAAUCUCAUCUUGAGUCAGUCUCCAUGGCUAAAUUAUCCCAUACAGAAUGCACAGAGCAGGAGAACUCGCAAAAAAUCCUUCACCUUCAUGGAGCUGCAGCCAAGAAUGGAGCCCACCAGCAGACAGAGAUCUAUGGGAGGCAGCACGAAACAGCUUCUUCUACAUUUAAAAAGCCCUCAGUAACACUCAGGUCCCCUGAAUUCAAUAAUUACUCAGCAACAACUUCCAAGACAUACAAAAAGAGAGGUUUAGAGAUGAUGAGGAAGCAAAUCAGAGUUGAAUAUGAUGACACUAGUAGCGAUGAUGAAGACAGGCUUGUUAUAGAAAUAUAAGUAGGCUGCUAGUAACACACUUGCAUGAUGGCCCAUUACCUAAGGAAAUACCAGGUAUGUUUGCAUUUCUGAAGCACUUUAGGAUCAGAAAAGCCAUUCCUCUGUGCAACACGCAGCAUUCCCUUCUCAAGAGAAUUCUUUAUUCCACAGACUCAAAACUUUAAAAAUAAAACUUAUUUGAAACAAAAAGGGGAAGCUUGCAUCAUAUACUUCAAUGGAAAUAUUAAGCUUGCGUUUAUGAGGGGUUUCUAGCAUCGUUAACCUUAUUACCAGUCUCAUCUAGUGCCCAGAAGUGCUAGCUGCCAGUGGUUGUAUUAUUAAAAGCCUGCAGUGUAUUUAUGUAAAUACACAAACCAACAGCAGCAGCAGCAGCAGCAAAGAUUUCCUGGAAGGAUAUGGUUGUACUCCUAUACACUCUUUUUUUGUAGUCACUGCUAGUUGUUCUGGGAGUGACAAACUGGCAUUAAGGGGAAGAUAGAUUCCCUAAGUGUAUGUGAUACUGAAAGAGUCUGCAAAAACACUGAUCCUUCUCCAUGUUGCACAAAUGUCAAUGCUUCUUUGUGACAACUGACACAAGCACGCUUUGGUUUGUGUUCUGUGCCUUUUAUGCCAAUAUCUACUCAAAUAUUCUUGAUUUCUAGUUGGAAAACAUGGAUGUUCGUUAUUAGUACCUCCUUGUGGUAAAACAUCUGACAGGCUCUUAGAUGUAACUGCAAUGAUGCUAUUUUAUUGAUAGUGAAGAAACUAUAAAAAAAAGCUGUACCAUAAAUUGUGCUACCAACCCCCAGAUUUACUGGUUUCUUUGUGAAUAAACGAUUAGUUCAAAUUUGA